UAUAAAAAAACCCUAAAUCACCAUUUCCAUCCCAGAAUAAUAAUAUAUAGCAGUAAUAAUAAACACCUCUUUCAGCCUCCUCUCUUAUCUUCUCUCUGCGUUUCGCCCCAUCUCCUUUCUCAGUAACAGUCCUUUUAAAAACACAAAAAAGGAAACCUGUUCAUUGAGAUAAAAAAUAUAUAUAUAUUCGAUAUAUAAUUAAUAAAAAUGGGAUUCCUCCAUAAGCUGUGGGACGAAACGCUAGCAGGGCCAAUGCCCGAAUCAGGGCUGGGCAAACUGCGAAAGUAUGAUUCAUUCUCAGGUGCAACAGGCGCACCGCGAUCAUCUCCAGAACCUGUUUUUCCUCAUCAUAAUGAGGAUCUGCCUAUCACUCGAAGCAUUACAAUUCUUAGAACUAAUUCCAAUAAUUUCAAGAACAUUUCUCUUGAUCCUGGUUCGGCUCCUGACUCGCCUUGCACUCCUCGCACCCCUUCCACUCCUCGCACCCCUUCCACUCCUCGCAACCCUUUUUCGCCUGGAACACCAAGCGGGGAAUUCAAGAGAUUGACAAGGAGAAAAUCAUCUAUGGAUGCAUUCGGACCGCGCUGACACUAGAAGAUUGUGACGAGUGUUUUGGAUCGUUGAGAGAGGAAAAAUUGACGAUUUUGCUUUAAGAAUCGGCAACAAUUAAUUAUAUUUUUAAUUAAACUCUUGUAAAUACAGAACUUCUCUGUUGUAAUUAUCAUCAUAUAAUAUAUAUCUAUAUCUUAAUUAAUACCCAGAAUAAGAACCAAACUGUUGCUUCCAGAAGUUCGUGAGAGAGGAAUAAUGGAGUAGGAAAACCGGCCGGCUCUCCUGAUAUGGAUUUGAGCUACAGAGCUGUUACCUUCACCAUAUGUAUAUUUUUGUUGGGGUGUUUGUAUUCUUUUUUUUUUCUUUUCUUUGUAAUAUGGUUUUGCUGUUCUUGUGCAUAGCAUUUGGACCGACCAUGUAUGUAUUAUAUAGAUUGUCCUCUUUCAAUCAAACUUAAUUGAAGAUUAUUAUUAUUUAUUAUUGCUA